AUGUGCAAAGCCAUCGUCCGUCAUAUGACGGACAUCAUUAGAGCGAGAAGGGUCAAAAGCAAUCCGCCGUCGUCUUCGUGUGGGAUCGAGCUUCGAAUCUCUUCACCCAACACUUUCGCCCGAAAUGAAAGCAAGCUCAACAUUGCUUCCGGCGUUCGCAGGGCCUCUCUGCCUUCAGACACACGCCGUUGCGUCAACUGUACCAACUGUGGAAGACCUGUCUCCGAGGCAGCCCUUAAGCGUUUAGUACCGGAAGUGGUCAGGUGGAGAUUGUUUGAGCGUCGUUUCCUGUCGCGCCGGCGACGAUUCCUGGCCCGGCUGUCUCUAAGCCUCGUCCAUAAAUGGAGCCAGGCAUUCGCGUCCACCGGCUUCAACCUCAAGUCUGGCCGCCAACCGGGUCGGGCCGAGCGCAGGCAUUGCCAGCACAAGAAAGGAAAGUAUGAAAGCAAUAAUGGAUCCAGCCGAGAGCCGAGUUAUGUCUCCAUUCGUAAAGUCUGUCUUGGCCAUUUUGUCAGAAGGCAGCUGGCGAAAGUGGAAAAUCGCGCCCAUUCAAAUGGAGCACAAGACAAGUUGAUGCUCUGCGAGCAUCGUCCGUAA